CAAAAAGAGAAAACGUUGGUGCCCAUUUCUUAAAAAAUGCCACCAUUCUUUCUUUGUUUUACUGUACUUUCGCGUAUACAUACCAUCCUGCCUUUUUUGAAUUAGUCUUUAGUCCACGCCUGUUUUUUCCCCUUUCUUAUGUUCUCCUUCCUUCUUUCUUUUCCCUCUUUCUUUAAAGCAGCAAAAAGAAAAUAAAAUCCAGAAACAUAAAAGGCAUAAUCAAAGAACCGCGAUUUCCAGAAACAAGAAUGCUUGAAUGGGAACAUAUUCUAUUGGUUGCACUGUCCAUUAUACUUCUUUCAAUUCUAUUUAUGGUGUUGUUUCGAAGAUGUUGCUGUUUCAAACGAGGCAGAGAUUUUGUCGUUGACUCAACAAGAACAAGAACAGAGAGCUUGCAAGAAGGGAUUGCGAGACUUCAACAUGGAAGUCUUGAUCAUAAUCAGCUUGAAUCAGACGGGAAAAGAAGAGGAAAUUAUUAUGUUUUUCGACGAGGAGUUUCAGCUAGACCUUUAUUUAAUUGGACUGAUCAUCCAUCGCUUAUUACUGACGCAGUUGAAAAUGGAUGGUCAAGAUUUGGUUUUACAGGUUUUAUGUCGUCUCCAUCAACGCGAUCAUCCUUGUUAGGGUUAUGUGCAGUUGGUGAUUAUGGAAACGAAGGAUCAACAGAGAUAAGUUGGGAAGUAUGUCAAGGAUCAGCUGAUUUCAUGCAAAAAAUAAGAUUAAAUUCUGGAUUAAAGAAAAUUAGUGCAAGUAAUCAUUCCAUGUCUGCUGCUUCUGUAAUUAGAACAGCUUUGCCUUUACCAGGCCCUCCUUUGGGUAAUUCAGCUUUUCCUCAAGAGGCCUAUUUCGAGAUCACAGUUUUGUCUUCUGAAGGUGAAGAUAAUGAAUCCAUCAAAAUUAAAGAAGGAGAGAAGACUAAACUCAUCCAAGAAAAUUCUAACCCUAAAGUUAAUUCAGAAUCUUUAGUACACGUUAAUAGCAGUCAUCGAUUCAACAAGAUUGAAGAAUUGAAGUUUUCUGGUAAAGAUGAUCUCAAGGAUGAAUCAACAGAAGCAAUUAUGUUAUCUUUAGGUCUUACAACAGGAGGCUCUCUUCCUUUGAAACUUCCUGGAACCUAUCCAGGAUCUGUAGGUUUCAACUCCAAUGGCUCUGUUUAUCUUGAUGGGAUUAAACUUAUUUUUGAAACCGAGAAAAGGGAGUGGGCAAGAAGAGACAAAGUAAUAGGAUGUGGAUUUGAUCCAAGGCAAAAGAAAGUGUUUUUUACUGUAGAUGCAGAGCUAGUACAUGUAAUUCAGUGCAAGUCAGAGGAAUUUGGGACACCCUUGUACCCAACAAUUGCAGCCAACAAAGAUAUAUUGGUUCUUGUCAAUUUUGGACAAAGUGCUUUCAGUUAUGCACCAGCAAAUGGUCUACGUACACCAAAUCCCUGUUUCAUAGGCCCUCUUGUAAAUUCCCCUGCUUUGGGCUAUGAAGACAGUAAAGAAUUGUUCUCAAUGGGAAGAAUCGACUCUCAGUGGCUUAACAGAAGUACAACUAGAGGUACCCAUAAUAAUAAUAACAACAAGGCUGUUGAUUUUGAUGAAGAGAGUGAGGCUGAUCUAUUUGAAAUUGUGUUGGAUGGUAAUGGAAGAUCUCCAACUCCAACAACAGUUUUCUAGCUACUAACAGUUUUCUGCAUCAGAUGUUUACCGUUUUUUCUGCCAUGGAUUUGUGAGGGACCAUUAAACAAAGAAAGAAAGAAAGGAAGAAGGGCAGGAAGAAUAUGUUUUUGUCUUAAUUUGCUAUAGUUUAACAUCAGAAAAAGAAAAUCUUUGGAAUACAAUAGAUAGAAACAGGUUUUGUGAGGACCAUUCUUUAUUGAUACAUUUUCUUUUUUUCUUUUUUGGGUAUUAUCAUCAUCAAAGAAUAUGCAAUCUUGUACAGCUAAUGCCAAUGUUGAUUCCAAGUUGUGGCCCUUGUUUGCAUAUCUUUUGAUGAUCAUAUGUUUAUUUUGUCGAUAAUUAAUAAAUUUUCUUCUCUCAGUAAAAAUUCAAGAA